UCCGCCCAGCGGGCGCUUCCGGUCGCGGUGGGCGGUUCCGUUCCGCCGCGUUUCGCUUUCGUUUGGCGGCGGCUCCGCCCCGGGCGGCCAUGGGGGACGUUCCGGGGCCGGGGCUCGGCUUCGCUCCCUUUGCGGUGCCGGGUUGGUUCUGCCCCGAGUCCGACGAGGAGGAGGCGGAGGAGGAGGAGGAGCGCUUCGCCCCGACCUUCGGCCGCCCCCCGUUCGCUCUCUACGGGCCGUACGGCGAUCCGCUGCUCGCCCCCCCGCGCGGCUUUACGGACGCGGAUGCGGAGCCGCGCGGGCUGAGUGCGGCGCGGAGGCACCGCGUUACGGCCGAGGAAGCGGAGAAGAACGCCAUGGAGCUGCUCGCAGAAGAGGAGAGGAUGAAAAAGAAAGCAGAGAAAAAGAAACUGAAGAAGAAGAAGCAGAAAGACCGGAGGAAACAGGAGAAGUUGGAACAGGAGCUGAGGAGCAAGCAGGCGGCUGCGUCGAGCACCGCAUCCCUGCCCAGUGCUGUAGGUGCUGCUUACGGGGACACCAGCAGUGCUGAGGAGAGUGGCUGCCUGGCCUCCAGCCCCUCCCAGCGCCUCCAGGAUCGUGCAGAGGAGGGAGUGGGGGAUCUGGAGGGGAUAGAGGAUGAACUGGAUUUGAGUUGCACCUUUGUCAUCAAAGCAUGGCAGAAGGCGGGUGUGAAGCUGCCAGCACCUGCAAAGGAUAAAUCAGUCAGAGCUGAUGCUGCAGAGCCCAACAAGAGGCUGCAGGAGGGGGCACCUGAGCCCCCACUGCCCUGCAUGGCUGCCCCACAGGCACCCAAGCCCGAGCCUGCACCCUUGGACACAAACAUGUUGGAGCAGAGCCUGAUUCUUGCAGGCUGUGGCUACCAGGCUGCCAUGCAGGAACGCUACACAGAGGCUGUGCAGGCCUUCACCGAGGCCAUAAAGCUGAACCCCAGGGAGCACCGGCUCUUUGGGAACCGGUCAUACUGCUACGAGAAGCUCCAGCGGUACCAGGAGGCACUGAGAGAUGCCCAGAUGGCCCUGGAGCUCCAGCCCAGAUGGCCCAAAGGCUUCUUCCGCAAGGGCAAGGCGCUGUGGGGGCUGAAGCGCUACGCCGAGGCCAGGGACACCUUUGAGCAGCUGCUGCACCUGGAGGGUGCCCACGCUGAUGUAGCCACCCAGCUGGAGGCCUGCCAGAUGCUGCUGCAGCAGAGCAGCCUCCACGAUGCCAGCAGCCCCAGGGACAUUCCUGUGCUGGAAGCUGGGGAGCUGCUGACACCCACCUCUGCAGAUGAGUGUGUGAACGGGAGCUGCAGCGAUGCAGACAUGAGUGGCUUUGUGACCGUGGUGAAUUCAAGGAGCCACUCGAAAAGCCACGUGCGGACCACGGCCACAGCAAGCCCCAAGCACACGCUGCCUUCACAGCACCCUGCCAGGGACUGCUAUCCUCUGUGGGUUGGGAACAUCACCUUCAAGAUCACCAAGAAAGUGCUGCAAAACUGCUUCAGCCGGUUUGGGCAGAUCCAAUCCAUCCGGCUGCUCCCGGAGAAGCGCUGCGCCUUCAUCAACUUCCACCAGAAGGCAGCGGCAGAAGCGGCGUACGGAGCCAUGCUGGGCGCUGACCUGGAGGGCUGCCGGCUGGUGCUGCAGCUCAAACACCCGUCCCACGCCACGCCGCCGCCUCGACAGCGCCCGUAGGACCCUCCGUGGGGGCUCCCGAGCCGGGAACCUUCCUCAUCUCGCGGGGUGCAGAGCGGGACCCCGGUGGGCGCUGCCCCGUGCGCUGCUGGCCCCGCAAAGCAGCUCGGAGUGCUGCGGGAGCUCGGGGCCGCACGCCGGGCUUUGGACCACGCGCCUGCUGCAGCCUCGUGUGCCUUCUCCCCGCAGCAGCCGGGCCGGCCUCAUCCCACCGCCCCACUGCUCCUACCUCGUACCCCCGGCGUGGCUGUGCCUCGUGGCUGCAGCCCGGGCUGCGCUGCCCUGGUGCCUCAGGCCGGUACCGGGCGGGUCGGUACCCACAGGGACGGCCCUUCCUGCAGGGAUGUGUACCUGCUGUGGGUUUCUUAAUAAAAGCGAGAGCCGA